GUGGUGACGUAUGCCAACGUGUCAGCUUGUGGAAACGCAGCGAAAGCCACACGUAGCUUUUUCUAUUAUUAUAAAUUGAGUUGUGCAGUAGUGCGGACGUGCAUAAGAGACAAAGUUUCAUUCUAAUAUACUAUAUAGUUAAAUUUAAUUUAACACAAUGCCUGCUCCAGCAAGCUCAACAUCUGUUGGUGCAUCCACCAGGUCUCCUUCAAAGGCUGCUGCCCCCAGGUCUGCAGCUGGAGGCACUGUAAGGCAAAGGAAAACCACAACCACCACAGCUGCUAGGAGUCGCAAUCCAGGUGCAGCUAGCACUGGUGGUAUGUGGAGGUUCUACACUGAUGACUCCCCAGGAAUCAAAGUUGGUCCAGUUCCAGUUCUUGUGAUGUCUCUUCUGUUCAUUGCAUCUGUCUUCAUGUUACACAUCUGGGGCAAAUACACAAGAUCGUAAAGGAAGUAAAAAAUUAAUACCAUUCCAUUCUGUUAUUAAUUUUCUUUUUGUUAUUUGGUACCCUUCAUUAUUUA